AUGGAGGGAGCUGAAAACCAUAGCAAUGGGGAAGAAGAAAUUCAAGGUUCGAGCUUGACGAUGGAGAAAGUUGCUGCUGCUAAACAGUACAUCGAGAAUCACUACAAAAUUCAGAUGAAAAGCAUACAGGAAAGGAAAGAAAGGCGAUGGGUAUUAGAAAGGAAGUUAGCGUCUUCAGAUGUGCCCAAAGAGGAACAAAUAAAUUUGCUUAAAGAUUUAGAAAGAAAGGAAACAGAGUUUAUGCGAUUGAAAAGGAAUAAGAUAUGCGCGGAUGAUUUUGACCUGCUAACCAUUAUAGGUCGUGGAGCCUUCGGUGAGGUCCGGUUAUGCCGAGAGAAAAAAACCGGAAAUAUUUAUGCCAUGAAGAAGCUGAAGAAAUCUGAAAUGCUCUCAAGAGGACAGGUAGUGGAACAUGUGAGAGCAGAGAGGAACCUAUUGGCAGAGGUGGCCAGCCAUUUCAUAGUUAAAUUAUAUUACUCUUUUCAAGAUGCUGAGUAUUUAUAUCUCAUCAUGGAAUAUCUCCCUGGCGGCGACAUGAUGACUUUACUGAUGAGAGAAGACACACUUUCUGAAAGUAUGGCUAAGUUUUACAUUGCUCAAAGUGUGUUGGCCAUCGAGUCCAUUCACGAGCAUAAUUAUAUUCACAGGGAUAUCAAACCAGAUAACCUUCUUCUUGACAAAGAUGGACACAUGAAGCUCUCUGACUUUGGUCUUUGCAAGCCACUUGAUUGUAGAACAUUAUCUACAGUAAAUGAAAAUGAGGCCAUGGAUGAUGAAAAUAUAAGAGAACCAAUGGAUAUUGAUGGCCGCUUUCCCGAUGCUGCGAAUGGUAGUAACUGGAGAAGCGCUCGCGAACAACUUCAGCACUGGCAGAUGAAUAGGAGAAAGUUGGCUUUUUCCACUGUAGGUACACCAGACUAUAUUGCUCCAGAAGUUUUGUUGAAGAAGGGAUAUGGGGUGGAGUGCGACUGGUGGUCUCUGGGAGCAAUUAUGUAUGAAAUGCUUGUCGGCUACCCUCCUUUCUAUUCUGAUGAUCCCAUGACCACUUGCAGGAAGAUAGUUCAUUGGAGAAAUCACCUGAAAUUUCCUGAAGACGCCAAACUGAGUCCCGAGGCAAAAGAUCUCAUCUGCCGUUUGCUUUGUGAUGUGGAACAUAGGCUUGGUACUGGAGGAGCUUUCCAGAUAAAGGCUCACCCUUGGUUUGCGGGUAUAGAAUGGGAUAAACUGUACGAAAUGGAAGCUGCCUUUAAACCAGAAGUUAAUGGAGAGCUGGAUACUCAGAACUUUAUGAAAUUUGAUGAAAUGAAUGCUCCAAUACCAGCAACAUCUGGAUCAGGCCCUUCGCGAAAGAUACAUCUUAAUCCAAAGGACUUGAGCUUUGUGGGCUAUACGUACAAGAACUUUGAUGCUCUCAAGGCACUACGUUACUCGUCAGAUCAUACGAGGAGCACAUCUCCAAGCCGCCCAUCCAUCAAUUCCAUAUUUGGCGAGUCGGUAGGAGCUCAUAAAGGGAGAGCAACAAGCGAAGGAACAGAUGUACGAAUGACGACGUCAUUUGACGAUGUCAUGUCCCCGUAG